GUUAUUCACUAUAGAAUGCCUCGGUUGCGAUACUGACCCACUAGACUAUUUGAGCGAAGGAUGCGCCAGAAGGCCUUGACCCCUGAGCGACCCCACAAGUGCGCCGCAACACGAGAUGACCCUCUUAAUAGGGCAAUUCUUCAGCAAACCUUCCUAGUAAGCAUACUCUGAAGGGCGUCCCGGAGAUAGCAGAUCGACCUCCCUAUAUAAACUUGGCACGUUCCCGAGAAUGGAAUUGAUCAGCUAGAGAUCAACAUCUUGUUCUCCCUCCUUGCUUGUCAUACCCUCGUUUGCAGUAUAGUCCCGGAUCACUCGGACAUCACUUCAGCAUCAUGCAUACCCAAUCUGCCAUUCGCUCUUUGGCGCCUUUGUUGCUGGCCGGUCGGGCUUUGGCCUGGGCUCCUCCUGUUCCUAGUGGCUGGAGCACCGUUUGGACUGAUACCUUCGACGGCAAGACCAAUACUUUCCCUGACAGCUCUAAAUGGACAAUUGCUGAGGGCUUCUAUGGCUACAAUGGCGAGAAGGAGACCUGGAUGAAGAACGUCGAGAACGUCCAGCUCAGCGGCUCUGCCACCCUCCAGCUGAUCCCUGAGUACAACGUCAACGGCAUCGAGUGGACAUCCGGACGUGUUGAAAGCAAAUACACCUUCACUCCGGUCGCCGGCAAGAAGACCCGCGCCGAGUCCCUGUUGCGGUUUGGAUCCAACGUCCCUCCCCACAAGCAGGGCGUCUGGCCUGCCUUUUGGCUCCUCGGUGACUCCGGCCGCAAAGGAACCGGGUGGCCGGAGUGCGGCGAGCUCGAUAUCAUGGAGGAGCUCAACGGCAACCUGGUGGCCUACGGGACCUCGCACUGCGGCAGCGCCUGCGAUGGAAUUCCCACGGGCACGAAGAGCGGGUUCCAGAAGAGCGUCACCUUUGCCGACUACGACUGGCACACGUGGUGGAUCGAGUUCGACCGCACCUCCGGCGACUGGCAGUCCGAGACCAUCACCUGGUUCGUCGACGGCAGGCAGUUCAACCAGAUUACAGGCUCCAUGGUCGGCGUCGAGUCCCAGUGGGCUGCCAUCUGCCACAGCCCCUUGUACUUCAUUCUCAACGUGGCUAUCGGCGGAGCCUGGCCCGGAUAUCCCAGCACGGACACCUGGAUGGGCGCCGAUAGCAUGAUGGAGUCUGCCUACGUUGCGGUCUUCCAGAAAUAGGGAGUGCUGUCAAGUCGAGCAGGCCGGGGAUAUUGAUGUGGGGCCUUUCUUAAAUAUACUUUAACCCCCAGUUCCUGUGUAUAAUUCAUGAUCACUCAGCAGAUAAAAGUUAAUAUAAUCGCUACACAACACCUAUUUUAGGCGACCGCGUCGAUGAGGUCAAACCCACAUCAGUGAAAUCCAGUAAGGCAUGUG